GUAAUUUGUGAAAUUGAUUUUGAGAGUUGUAAGUCCUCUUUUUCUUCUUGUCUCACACCUUAUUUCCAAACAACCACUCUCUUUUCACUCUCCUCCAUUCUUUAUACCAACUCACUCUCUCACUCUCUAUUCAAACCUUCUACUUCCUUUUCAUUUCAAUUUCGAUUUAGAUUUCGGAUCGUUUUUUAAGGUUAGUAAGUAAAGUUGCAUUGAUGUUUAUGAUUGAUUAAGUAAUUAAUGCGGUGAUUAUUUUUGGUAAUUGUGGAUUAGUAGCGAUGUUUAAGGGUGAUGAUGAAGUGUAGAUUUGAGAAAUGGGAUGUGUGAUUGGUCGUCAAGCAGUUACAUCAGAGAAGAAGGGUUUGGGUGGUGAGAGUAACAGGAAGGUUGAUGAGGUUGAUAAUGGUGGUGGUGGUGAUAGGGUUCAGGUGGCGACUCGAGGCGAGAGUAGGAGAUCGAAGGCGAAUCCGAGGCUGAGUAAUCCGCCGAAGCAUUUACUUGGGGAGCAGGUUGCUGCUGGAUGGCCGCCUUGGCUUACUGCUGUCUGUGGGGAAGCUCUUAGUGGAUGGAUUCCGCGAAAGGCGGAUACCUUUGAGAAAAUUGAUAAGAUUGGGCAAGGAACUUAUAGUAAUGUGUACAAAGCUAAAGACUCAGUGACUGGGAAAAUUGUUGCUCUCAAGAAGGUUCGUUUUGACAAUUUGGAACCUGAGAGCGUUAAGUUCAUGGCUAGAGAGAUUCUUAUUCUGCGAAGGUUGGAUCAUCCAAAUGUUAUUAAGCUGCAUGGUUUAGUUACAUCAAGGAUGACUUGUAGUUUGUAUUUGGUGUUUGAUUACAUGGAGCAUGAUUUAGCUGGACUUGCUGCAAGCCCGGAAAUCAGGUUUACAGAGCCUCAGAUAAAAUGUUACAUGAAUCAGCUGCUAUCGGGACUUGAGCAUUGUCAUAACCGACAUGUACUUCACCGUGAUAUUAAAGGAUCAAAUCUUCUUGUUGAUAAUGAAGGAGUACUAAAGAUUGCUGACUUUGGGUUGGCAUCCUUUUUUGAUCCAAACCAUAGGCAUCCCAUGACUAGUCGUGUAGUUACACUUUGGUAUCGGCCUCCAGAGUUGCUUCUUGGUGCUACAAGUUAUGGUGUCGGCGUAGACCUUUGGAGCGCCGGAUGCAUUUUAGGAGAGUUAUUGGCUGGGAAACCAAUUAUGCCUGGUCGUACAGAGGUUGAGCAACUGCAUAAGAUAUACAAACUAUGUGGUUCACCAUCUGAUGAAUACUGGAAGAGGUCAAAGUUGCCCAAUGCUACGUUGUUUAAACCUCGAGAGCCUUACAAGAGAUGCAUAAGAGAGACAUUCAAAGGUUUUCCGCCAUCUGCUCUACCCCUUGUUGAUAAUCUUCUUGCAAUUGAUCCUGUAGAACGGAAAACUGCCUCAGAUGCUUUAAGAAGUGAGUUCUUUAUGACAGAACCUUAUGCUUGUGAUCCUUCUAGUCUUCCAAAAUAUCCCCCAAGCAAAGAAAUGGAUGCUAAAAGACGGGAUGAUGAAAUGAGGAGACAAAGAGCUGCAAACAAAACUCGGGCUGAUGGUUCAAAGAAGCAUCGUUCUCGCGAUCGUGCAGUGAAAGCUUUUCAUGCUCCCGAAGCCAAUGCCGAGCUUCAAUCCAAUAUUGAUAGAAGACGUCUAAUCACUCACGCAAAUGCCAAGAGCAAGAGUGAAAAGUUUCCUCCACCACAUCAAGAUGCAACACUAGGUGUUCCUUUGGGAUCUUCGCAUCGUAUUGAUCCAGAAACUAUACCUGCAGAUGCAUCUUUCAUUUCAACCACAUAUACUUAUUCAAAGGAACCAUUCCAAGCUUGGUCGGGUCCAAUUGGUAAUGCUGCUGAUAUUGGUUUACCGAUGCGAAAGAAACACAUUGCAGGAGAUGUAUUAGAUUUAUCAAAAUCACCAAAAGGUAUUCUCAAAGACAAGUUUAAAGGAAAGGGAAUUAUAGCUUAGAUAUUUAGUACAUUCUUAUAGAAUCAAUUUAAGUACAUUUUUAGGCCUACCCACUUGCUGAGAAAGUUUCCAUUGAAUGUGUUCCAUUGUCCUGCUAUGUGCUCACUUUCUGAGAGUAUAAGAUAGUUGCUUAUCAGCAAGUGAUGAUAUAAGAAUAAUCUGUCCCCAUUUUUAGUUACACCUUCAAAGUAUACACCAUAAUUUCUUUUCUUUUUCUCAAUGAAGCUUUUUUUCUUCUUCUUAUGUUUAAACUGUUAGUAUGGUGAGAGAAUGAAUUACCAUGAUGUACAUAUUGAUUUUAGUAUUAAGGAAUUUGGUGUUGUUAAUAUCUAAAUUGUGUUUAAUUUGUUGAGAAUUGUAUCAAGUCUUGAGCUAUAUUUGUGGCCUUGUUUCAGCACUGAUUGGUGGACCAAGUCAAAAAGAUUUUGUAAUACUUUGACACCAGUAUAAAUAAAAAAAUCCAUCUUAUAAUUGUGUUA